AACAAACAGAAUGACUGUCUGCUUUUCUGUGUGUUUCAGAUCUACGACGCCGAGGGGACGUUACAGCACUUUAUCGACGGUAACGAUCCCAGUAAGUCCAGCUGGAUGCGCUACAUCCGCUGUGCCCGACACUGCGGAGAACAGAACAUGAUGGUGGUCCAGUACAGGUCGUGCAUCUUCUACCGGGCGUGCAUGGACAUCCCCAGAGGAACCGAACUCCUGGUCUGGUACAAUGACUCCUAUACCUCGUUCUUCGGAAUCCCGCUGCAGUGCAUCGCCCAGGACGAAAACCGUGAGUCAAGACAAAAAAAUAACGAUAAUCAAACACUUUGA